AUGCUCUUUCCCAUCCCCCCCGCUGAGACCGUCGUCUCACCCGUGGGCCCGGUCCGUCCGAGCGGACGGGACGACUUCGCCACGCUCAGAGCUGGUCUCGAGAGCUGCUGGUCGGCGGGCUUCACGGCGGAGUUGUGCUGCGACGUGCCGACCUAUGGUGAAGAAGGGAAUCCCAGCUGUUGGGAUGGAGAGUUCAACUUCCAGCGCUGUUGUUCCGGCGCUGCUCUGCCGACUGCCACGGCUGAAGACGCCGUCCGGGUGGAGGUGGAGCAGUUUGCGGCGCCGGCAUUGGGGCAUCCACCAGAGGAGCUGAGCGUGGGGCUCUUUCCCACCUACGAGCCGGGCAAGGACUGCUGGACAGGCAGUGCUGCCACCUAUGCCCGCUGCUGCGACUUGAGGAUUAGCCCCAUGGGCGAUAUCUUCAACUGCUGGGACAACAAUCGCUUCACCUUUGAACGCUGCUGCUUCUUGGGCGAGGCGGCCCCGGGGCAAAGUCCCCCGAAGCCGCUGCUGCGCCCCGCGCUGCUGCGUGCCGACCAGGCGAAGCCUGCUGAGGCCGCGGCGCUGCGGCCGGCAGGCCGAGAAUGCUGGGUUCAGGGCUUUACCUAUGCCGCCUGUUGCCUGGGCGGCCUGGGCACUUGCUGGGACGAACACUUCACGCGAGAGGCCUGCUGUGAUGGCCUCCCCCAACUCCCCGAGGUGGGAGCCACCGUGAAGUCGUCAGACCCCUCGGUGGAUUGCCUCCAAAUGGCCCAGCUGGCGGUCUUGGAUCUGGAGCAGACGCCGCGGCAAUGCUCGCAGCGCUACUGGUACCUGGCGAGCAUGGGCGCUGGCUUGAUUGCCACGGAGCGCUUGGGGAUCCCACGCUGGUUCCCGGUGGAGCAGGUGGCGGCGGUGAAGCCCUUGCGGCCUCAGAGGAUGCACUUUGUGGGAGGCCUUUGCCUGCCGGUCAGCUGUAGCACCGAGGUCGUGGCCUCCUACCUGGCCCCUUUGGUGGUUCCCUGGUGGCGCAGCCCCCGGCGGGCGCCAUCAGCCCUCAACGCGAGCCACAUGGUUUUGCCACCACCGCUGGCGGUGAGGCACAAGGUCUACCCGCGCGAAGAGAACCAGUGGAGCUUUCAGAUGUUCACAGCUCUUCGGCCUCGCUUGGGGGAGAAGUUGGGUGAUUUGGAGCGUUGGGACUUCGCCAUCCUCCUGUAUGAUCCACUGCCCAGAUUUGGGCUGUCCAGACAGCUGAUGCUGGUCCUCAGCUUCUUGGUGAUCAUGGUCUUUUUCUACCUCGCACCCAGGGAGAUUGAUGCAGAGAGCUCCUUUCUCUCUCCGCACUUCCAUUGGGUGCGCUUGGGCCUGUCGAGAGGACCGAAGCACCUGGAAGUCACCCGCCUGCUGCUCACUCUGGUGGUGCUCUACAUCCAUGUCAUCGACCAUGGCCCCUGGCUGCCGGUUCCCCACCGAAGCUUUGGAGCGUCGUUGAUGCUCUUCCGCAGCUGCCUUAGCCGGGUGAACAUUGGCUUCGUGGUCUUGAUGGUUCAUCUGAGCAUCAGUCGCCGCUCCCUGAAGCAGGCGCCCUCUGCUUGGUCUUGGAUGAAGGGCGUGGCCUAUCAUGCCUUAAAGAGAUGGUUCGUGAUCAGCCCAGUGGUGACCUUUUGGACCUUCGUCUUUAUCCACGCACCCUUCGACGGAGUGCCGAUGAACAACAUCUUGAAGUCCAAUCCGCUCUACCUUUGGUAUGGGGAACGGAGAGAUCACUGCGAUGACACCAUGAGCUUUGUGAGCAGCAUCCUGCUGAUCCAUGCACCAGUCAUGGGUUUGCGCUCUCCCUGCCAUAAUACGGACAUCUUCGAAAGUCUAUUUCAGGUGGACUUAGUGGUCUUCGGAUUGCUCUCUGCCUUGGGUCGGGCGCGAGCGGCGCAGCUGGCGCAUCUCCUCUGGGUGUUGGCGGUGGCCAUGAGCUACCAGCAGAUGAGCCCGAUUCCCGAGGCCUCCUUCAAUGACACCUGCCACACCUUCGCAUCCUUGUUGCCCUCCGCCAUGGCAACCUUGGCCAUCUCGUGGUGGCUGCCCAAGCCCGAGCUGCCGCAUGCGCCGCGCCGCGGGCGGAUGCGCUGCCUCGCGACCUUGGCCAUCGCAGGAAUCCUGGCGUCCGGUCUACAGGAUGGCAUGCUCCACAGCGACUUCCAGUGGCCAGCGGCGCUCCAACCCUUGGCCGACUGGGUGAAGUUGAUGCACAUGCCGAAUCGAUCCUAUGUGCUUCCCUGCCAUUGCUACGAGCUGCUGCUGGUGUUUGGUCUGCUGGUGCACUUGAAGCAAGGCUGGCUUGGUGUGCACCGACAGGAGUCUUGGUCCGGACUGAGGGCCUUGGCGCGGAUGUCGGCCGGCGUGUGUGCCUCGAACCUCUUCAUGCUCCACCUCGCAGGGGCCUUCAUCUACGAGGAGCCGGUGGACUUGAACGUCUUCUCCUUCUGGGCGCAUUUGCUCAUGGUCUUCGCCUCCUCCUUGCUGGCCUCCAUCAUGGUGCAUGGCUUGAUCGAAGGCCCGUUCGCGUGCAUGCUCACGGAUGGCCUUCCACAGGACGUGGUGGCCUUCCCGGCCGCCGCGGCGGCGGCGUAG